AUAAUCCAAGGUUUGAAAAUUGUACCACUGUUGUGUAGCCACAAAAUGACAUGUGCCUAACUGCUGAAUUUGAGUGGAUUAAUUGAUUUGGAAAUCCUCUAGUUAUCUGGAUUAGUUUUGGCCUUUCAAAUGGCGCACUAUCGAUAUAGGAACCUAAGUUUGCUUGUCUUUUUACCGGUAAUCCUGAACUUGAGUGCCUUGUGUUCCUGCUCGGACGACCACUACCAUGUUCAUCAUUAACCUCUCCAUUUCAACCUGUUCACGAUCCUGCUUAACCAAUCCAAACCAUCCACACAAAUUGAAACUCCUACAACAAAGUUCUCCUGAUGAUUUCGGCACUGAAGAAUAAUUAGCUUUUGUGGCCGGCAGUGCUGCCUAGGAAUUCAGGGAAAUGUCUCUCUCCUCCACGCUGCAUUGUCGUGUGGAUCUUGGAUCGUUGGGAGAGAUUAGCCGGCCAUACACUAGUACAGUAGUACAAUGUUAAUUACAUUGGCUAAUCAAAAUUACAGGGAGAGAUUAGCAGUGUACCAGUACUGCACAACGUUAAUUGCAUUGGCUAAGUAUAAAAAUUAGUAGGGAAUCAGCGGAAUGGUGGUGUGAAAAGGUGCAUGAUGCGAGAGCAAAUCAAGGUUUAGUUUUCUUCCCUUUGAGGCUUUCACUCCUCUCGUUAUAAAAGCAGUUCUCUGUCGCAGCGGCGCGGGAGGAGGUGGCAGAGAAGGAAGGAAGCCAAACGGCAUGGGCUCUCGUGGCGCCGCCGCCGACCAUCUCCACGGCGUCCUCGAACUGACGGUGUACGAGGCCGACGACCUCCACAACGCCAUCCAUGGCCGGAUCAUCAAGGCGGCGGAGAGCUUGAAGGAGUCACUGGGCGUGCACCGUCUGGCACACAGGAUCUACGUCGACGUCGAUGUCGGCGCGGCGAGGGUGGCGCGCACCCGCGAGGUGGAGUUCCACCCGACCAACCCCGUCUGGAACCAGUCGUUCCGCCUCCACUGCGCCUACCCGGCGGCGCCCGUGGCGUUCACCGUCAAGAGCCAGCACCUCGUCGGCGCCGGCGUCCUCGGCGCCGCGCGCGUGCCAGCCGCGCGCGUCGCCACGGGUGAGCCCGUGGAGGGCUGGCUCGACCUCCGCGGCGGUGAGCAUGGCCACGCGACGCACACCCCGAAGCUCCGCGUCCGGCUGCGGUUCUUGGGCGUGGAGUCCGACCCGUGGUGGGACGCCGGCGUUCGCCUCCCCGGGUUCGCCGGCGUCACGCCGGCGUUCUUCCCGGAGAGGAGCGGCUGCCGCGUGACGCUGUACCAGAACUCGCACCUGUCCGGCGGGUUCGACCCGGGCGUCCGCCUCGCCGGCGGGGGGGCGUACCGGCCGGCGCGCCUGUGGGAGGACAUGUACGUCGCCAUCCGCGACGCGCGGCGGUUCGUGUACGUCGCCGGGUGGUCGGUGAACGCGGAUAUCACGCUGGUGCGCGACGCGUCCCGGAUGGUCCCCGGCGCCGAGGGCGUCACGCUGGGCGAGCUGCUGCGGCGGAAGGCCGACGAGGGGGUGGCCGUGCUGGUGAUGCCGUGGCAGGACAAGACGUCCGUCUCCUUCCUCGGCAACGGGGGCCUCAUGAGGACACACGACGAGGAGACGCGGCGCUUCUUCGAGGGCACCAACGUGCGCUGCUUCCUCUGCCCGCGCAACGCCGACGCGUCGCUCACCAUGGUGCAGAGCAUCGAGGUCGCAGCGGAGUUCACGCACCACCAGAAGACGGUCACCCUCGACGCCGCCGCCGCCUCGCCGGGCGACGCGGACGGCAGCCGUCGCCAUAUCGUCAGCUUCAUCGGCGGGAUAGACCUCUGCGACGGCCGGUACGACGACGAGAACCACACGCUGUUCCGGGACCUCGACACCACGUACCGCCAUGACUUCAUGCAGAACAACUUCAAGCACGCCGGCCUGCGGCGCGGCGGGCCGCGGGAGCCGUGGCACGACGUCCACUGCAGGCUCGAGGGCCGCGCGGCGUGGGACGUGCUCGCCAACUUCGAGCAGCGGUGGAGGAAGCAGGCGCCGCCGGAGAUGGCCGGCUGUCUGCUCGACCUUAGCCAGGCGGAGCUCCCUGACCCCGGCAGCUUCGGCGACGACGAGCCGUGGAACGUGCAGGUGUUCCGGUCCAUCGACGACGCGUCGGUCGUCGGGUUCCCCGCCGAGCCGGUGGCGGCGGCGGCGAUGGGCCUGACGAACGGCAAGGACGUCACGAUCGACCGGAGCAUACAGGCCGGCUACGUCGAGGCCAUCCGCCGGGCGCGGCGGUUCAUCUACGUCGAGAACCAGUACUUCCUCGGCGGCUGCGCGUCGUGGGCCGAGGACCGCGACGCCGGCUGCCUCAACCUGGUGCCCGUCGAGAUCGCGCUCAAGGUCGCCGCCAAGAUCCGGCGGGGCGAGCGGUUCGCGGCGUACGUCGUGACGCCGAUGUGGCCGGAGGGCGAGCCGGCCGGCGACUCCGUCCAGGCCAUCCUCCGGUGGAACCGGCUCACCGUGGAGAUGAUGUACGGCAUCGUCACGAAGGCCAUCGACGACGCCGGGCUGCGCGGCCAGGCGCACCCCUGCGACUACCUCAACUUCUUCUGCCUCGGGAACCGGGAGGCGCCGCGCCCCGGCGAGUACUCGCCGCCGGAGACGCCGGACGUUGACACGGACUACUGGCGCGCGCAGGUGAACCGCCGGUUCCCCAUCUACGUGCACGCCAAGCUCAUGAUCGUGGACGACGAGUACGUCAUGGUCGGCUCGGCGAACCUCAACGAGCGGUCGCUGGCCGGCAACCGGGACAGCGAGAUCGCGCAGGGGAGCUACCAGCCGGCGCACCUGAACGGCGGCCCGAGCGGCCGCGCGCGCGGGCUCGUGCACGCGUUCCGGAUGUCGCUGUGGCACGAGCACCUCAUGGGCCACGCCGGCGGCGGCGGCGGCGUGUUCCUGGAGCCGGAGAGCGCGGAGUGCGUGCGCGCGGUGCGGCGAGCGGCGGAGGCGACGUGGGACGCGUACACGCGGGACACGAUGGAGGACCUGCUGGGGCACCUGCUGCCGUUCCCGAUCACCGUGUCCGAGUUCGGCGAGGUGGCCGACCUGACGGCCGACGGGUGCUUCCCGGACACGACGGCGCCGGUGAAGGGGAGGAGGUCGUUGAAGCUUCCCGCCAUUCUGACCACGUGACGCCCUGAGCUUACCGUGCCGUGCCGCAUGUACAAAACUUUGACGCAACGAUCGUCUCUUCACGAAGCCGAACAAGUGUACAUGUUGGAUUGGAUGUUGCCGAGUUUAUAUUGAGUGAAUCCAAGAUACGUCACUCGUGAUAGCCACUGAGUGACACCAAAAAAUAAUCUAGUUUUUCUUUGAGUAAAUUGUAGUGGUGGUACACAAACUUAUUAGGUGGGUGCAAUUUAAUAUACAAACUUAUAAAAUGUUUGUUUCAGUAUACAAAUUUGUCUAGUUCGUGCAGACGAGGACCAAAAUAACUUGACAACGUUAAUUUUACGAAGCUGAUGUUGAUUAGAAUGUGACGUGCAUACGUAUAGUGCGACAUAUAUAAGGCAUGUAAUAUUUAUAAAUUUGGUCUCUACUUUAUCCUUCAUCAUCGAAGUGGUGAAUUUCAUAUA